AGGCCACAGUUGCGUCCAAGUGACCACAAACCCAGCAGGCUCUAAUGGAUAGGCCAGGCCACCCUCCACGCUCCGGGUAGAAAAGAAAUGCUCAUCUGAAGUUUCUCCCAUGUCAGAAGCCUUCAAACUGACCCAGCACUGCAAAGGACACCGAAGCCGCCAUCGACAGGUUGCUGGCGCUCCUGGCCUUCCUGCUGCAGGUGGACAGCAGUACAUGAAGACGUCUCAGCCAUGUCUGAAACUUCCUCCCACGACUCCUUCUACGAUUCCCUGUCAGACAUGCAGGAAGAAGGCAAGCACACUGAUUUCUUCCCAGUGCUGUCUGCUUUCCUCAGUCAGGAAGAGAUAAACAAGAGUCUUGACCUGGCUCGGAGGGCCAUAGCCGACUCCGAAACCGAGGACUGCGACUCGGAGAAGGAGAUCUCACAGAUUUUCAACCCUUCCUGUGGAAGCCCCUGUGCAAACCGCUCCCAUCCAGAAGCCCAGCUGGUGACGCGGAGCUCUCCGGUCAGUCCACAGGAUCCCAGGCUGGCACCUGCGCAGCCUCCGGCAGGGCAGGCUAACAGUACCGCUUCACCUGCUCCCAGGAGGAAACCAGCCAUGUCGCCACUGCUGGCUAGCCCCAGCUACAUCCGGAGCCUGCGCAAGGCUGAGAAGCGUAGUGGAAAAGCAACCGGCUGUGGCUUGAAGUCCAAGCCCACCCGUGCCGGGAAGGCUGGUCCUCAGGGCCAGCUGAGUGACAAGGCAGCCAAUUUGAUCGAGGAGCUCACCUCCAUCUUCAGGGAGGCCUCAAAGCCAAGGACCAGAAGCCCCAAUGGGGAGUCCUCCUCGCCUGACAGUGGUUACCUCUCUCCUAAGAACCAGCCGACAGCCUUGAUGAGUGCGUCGGCCAGCCAGAGCCCCACUGGCGAUCACCAGGGCCUGGAAGCAGAGGUCAAGGAGCCUGAGGCCAGGCCUGUCUACAAGGUGCACCAGGACGCAGCUGCACCUUGUGCCAGCAUCCCACGCCCUCUACCCUCCGCUGCAUCCUAUCUUCUGUCUGCACCCCGGUUCACGCAGAAGCUCAGGAGCCAAGAAGUAGCAGAGGGAAGUCGCGUUUAUUUGGUGUGUAGAGUCACUGGAAAUCCAAUGCCGCAUGUCAGGUGGUUCUGUGAGGAUAAGGAGCUACACAACUCUCCAGAUAUUCAAAUCCACUGUGAGGGCGGAGACCUCCAUACUCUCACUAUAGCAGAGGCGUUUGAGGACGACACAGGUCGCUACACCUGCCUGGCCACGAACCCUAGUGGCUCAGACAGUACUUCCGCCGAGGUGUUCAUUGAAGGUGCCAGUUCAACUGACUCUGACAGUGAAAGUUUGGCUUUCAAAGCAAAGACUGGAGCUAUGCCACAAGCUCAAAAGAAAACGACUUCUGUCUCCUUAACCAUCGGGUCAUCAUCCCCAAAGACAGGCGUGACUACAGCCGUCAUCCAGCCCCUGUCUGUCCCGGUUCAGCAGGUUCACAGUCCAACUCCGUACCUCUGCCGAUCUGACGGAACUGCUGCUGCCUACUUUCCUCCUGUUUUUACAAAGGAGCUGCAAAACACGGCAGCAUCCGAGGGCCAAGUGGUGGUCUUGGAGUGUCGGGUCCGGGGGGCACCCCCUCUGCAGGUCCAGUGGUUCCGCCAAGGGAGUGAAAUCCAGGACUCACCAGAUUUCAGGAUUCUGCAGAAAAAACCUAGAUCUACAGCUGAACCUGAGGAGAUCUGUACCCUGGUUAUCGCAGAGACUUUCCCUGAAGAUGCAGGGAUCUUUACAUGCUCGGCAAGAAAUGAUUACGGAUCUGCAACUAGCACUGCUCAGCUGGUUGUCACCUCUGCCAACUCUGAAAACUGUAGCUAUGAUUCAGUAGGCGAAUCCAACAAUGAUUUCCAGCACUUUCCACCUCCGCCACCGGUCUUGGAGACAAAUUCCUUUGAAUUGGCUUCAAAGAAACCAUCUGAGAUCCAGCAGGUGAACAGCCCUGACUUGGGACUUAGUAUGGCAGUCCUUCAAAUGCAAUUCAACUCUGCUGAGAGGGAGGCUAAUGGCAUCCUUCCUGGCCAUGGAGUCAACGGCCUGAUUAAUGGCAAAACCAACAGUCAUAAAUCUCCUCCAUCGCCAGCUGUCCUGCUCUCGCCCACGAAGGAGCCACCCCCUCUGCUUGCCAAACCGAAACUGGACCCGCUCAAGAUCCAGCAGCUGCAGAACCAGAUCCGCCUGGAGCAGGAGGCCAGCGCGCGGCACUCGGGCCCUCCCUCGCCGCCCUUCCCGCCGCCGCCCGCCUUCCCUGAGCUCGCGGCCUGCGCGUCGCCCGCCUCCCCGGAGCCCAUGAGCGCACUCGCCUCCCGCUCCGCCUCCGCCAUGCAGUCCUCCGGCUCCUUCAACUACGCGCGCCCCAAGCAGUUCAUAGCGGCGCAGAACCUCGGUCCCGCGUCGGGCCACGGCACGCCGGCCUCCAGCCCCAGCUCGUCCAGCCUCCCGUCGCCUCUGUCGCCGACGCCCAAGCAGUUCGGCCGUGCGCCCGUGCCGCCCUUCGUGCAGCCCUUCGGCUCCGAGGCCGAGGGCUCCUGGGGCCCGUCCUCACCGUCGCCUCCGCCGCCGCCGCCUCCGGUCUUCAGCCCCAGCGCGGCCUUUGCGGUGCCCGACGUGUUCCCGCUGCCGCCACCACCGCCGCCACUGCCCAGCCCGGGCCCGGCCUCGCCCUGCCCCGCGCCCGCCGCCCGCUUCAGCCACAGCCAGACGCCCGCGGCCUUCCUCAGCUCCCUGCUGCCCUCGCAGCCGCCGCCAGCUGCUGUCAACGCGCUGGGGCUACCCAAGGGCGUCACCCCCGCGGGGUUCCCAAAGAAGGCUGGCAGGACAGCAAGGAUAGCCUCUGACGAGGAGAUCCAGGGCACAAAGGAUGCUGUCAUCCAAGACUUGGAACGCAAACUUCGCUUCAAGGAGGACCUCCUGAACAAUGGGCAGCCGAGGUUAACUUACGAGGAGAGGAUGGCUCGGCGGCUGCUGGGUGCUGACAGUGCCACCGUCUUUCACGUUCAGGAGCCAGAAGAGGAAGCUGCUAAUCAGGACAUCGGGUCUCCUCACGCUUCUGUAGGGAGUCCUCUGGAAGGUCAAAAGGAAUACAAAGUGUCCAGCUGUGAGCAGAGACUCAUCAGUGAAAUAGAGUACAGGCUAGAAAGGUCUCCUGUGGAUGAAUCAGGCGAUGACAUUCAACAUGGAGAUGCACCUGUGGAAAACGGAGUGGCCCCGUUCUUCGAGACGAAGCUGAAACACUUCAAGAUCUUUGAGGGGAUGCCUGUGACUUUCACAUGCAGAGUGGCUGGAAACCCAAAGCCAAAGAUUUAUUGGUUUAAAGAUGGGAAGCAGAUCUCGCCGAAGAGUGAUCACUAUAUCAUUCAGAGAGACCUCGAUGGGACCUGCUCUCUGCACACCGCGGCCUCCACCCUAGACGACGACGGGAAUUACACCAUCAUGGCUGCCAACCCGCAGGGCCGCAUCAGCUGCACCGGCCGGCUGAUGGUCCAGGCAGUCAGCCAAAGAGGCCGCAGUCCCCGCUCCCCCUCAGGCCAUCCUCAUGUCAGAAGGCCUCGCUCUCGGUCCAGGGACAGCGGGGACGAGAACGAACCGAUUCAGGAGCGAUUCUUCAGACCUCAUUUCUUGCAAGCUCCUGGUGACCUGACCAUUCAAGAGGGCAAACUCUGCAGAAUGGAUUGCAAGGUCAGCGGGUUGCCAACUCCAGACCUGAGCUGGCAACUUGACGGGAAGCCUAUCCGUCCUGACAGCGCUCACAAGAUGCUGGUGCGUGAGAACGGGGUGCACUCUCUGAUCAUAGAGCCCGUCACGGCGCGGGACGCCGGCAUCUACACCUGCAUAGCCACCAACCGAGCAGGGCAGAACUCCUUCAGCCUGGAGCUUGUGGUUGCUGCUAAAGAAGCGCACAAACCCCCUGUGUUUCUGGAGAAGCUGCAGAACACAGGAGUCGCUGAUGGGUACCCGGUACGGCUGGAAUGUCGUGUUUCAGGAGUGCCACCGCCCCAGAUAUUCUGGAAGAAAGAGAAUGAGUCACUCACACACAGCACUGACCGAGUGAGCAUGCACCAGGACAACUACGGCUACAUCUGCCUGCUCAUUCAGGGAGCCACAAAGGAGGACGCCGGCUGGUAUACCGUGUCCGCCAAGAACGAGGCCGGCAUCGUGUCCUGCACUGCCAGGCUGGACGUUUACACCCAGUGGCAUCAACAGCCACAGAGCACCAAGCCCAAAAAAGUCCGGCCCUCAGCCAGCCGCUACGCAGCACUUUCGGACCAGGGGCUAGACAUCAGAGCAGCGUUCCAGCCCGAGGCCAGCCCAUCUCACCUGACGCUGAGUCCCGGCUUGGUGGAAAGUGAGGACCUGUGAGCCCCGUUCCGGUUACAGCGGAGACACAGUCUCGAUCAACACCAUCCUGUUUGCAUUAUGAAAAAGACAGAGAUGCAUUUUUGACUAUAUGAAA